CGGCCACGGCCGGGGACGGUGUGAGAGCGGUAAGAUGGCGGCGGCGGCGGUGGUGGAGUUCCAGAGAGCUCAGUCUCUACUCAGCACCGACCGGGAGGCCUCCAUCGACAUCCUCCACUCCAUCGUGAAACGAGACAUUCAGGAGAAUGAUGAAGAGGCAGUGCAGGUCAAAGAGCAGAGUAUCCUGGAACUGGGGUCUCUUCUGGCGAAGACUGGACAAGCUGCAGAACUUGGAGGACUCCUGAAGUAUGUGCGACCCUUCUUGAAUUCCAUCAGCAAGGCUAAAGCAGCUCGUCUGGUCCGAUCUCUUCUUGAUCUGUUUCUUGAUAUGGAAGCAGCCACAGGGCAGGAGGUCGAGUUGUGUUUAGAAUGCAUCGAAUGGGCCAAGUCAGAGAAAAGAACUUUCCUACGCCAAGCUUUGGAGGCAAGACUGGUGUCUUUGUACUUUGAUACCAAGAGGUACCAGGAAGCAUUGCAUUUGGGUUCUCAGUUGCUGCGGGAGUUGAAAAAGAUGGAUGACAAAGCCCUUCUGGUAGAAGUACAGCUAUUAGAAAGCAAAACAUACCAUGCUCUGAGCAACCUGCCCAAAGCCCGAGCUGCCUUAACCUCUGCUCGAACGACAGCAAAUGCCAUCUACUGUCCCCCAAAAUUGCAGGCCACCUUGGACAUGCAGUCAGGUAUUAUCCAUGCAGCAGAGGAGAAGGACUGGAAAACUGCAUAUUCAUAUUUCUAUGAGGCAUUUGAGGGUUAUGACUCCAUCGAUAGCCCCAAGGCCAUCACAUCUCUGAAGUACAUGUUGCUGUGCAAAAUCAUGCUCAACACCCCAGAAGAUGUCCAAGCCUUGGUGAGCGGAAAGCUUGCACUUCGGUAUGCUGGGAGGCAGACAGAAGCAUUAAAAUGUGUGGCACAGGCCAGCAAGAACAGAUCACUGGCAGAUUUUGAAAAGGCCCUGACAGAUUACCGGGCUGAACUCCGAGAUGACCCAAUCAUCAACACACACUUGGCCAAGUUGUAUGACAACCUACUGGAACAGAAUCUGAUCCGAGUCAUCGAGCCUUUUUCCCGAGUACAGAUUGAACACAUAUCUAGCCUCAUCAAACUUUCCAAGGCCGACGUAGAAAGGAAAUUAUCACAGAUGAUCCUUGACAAGAAAUUUCAUGGGAUCUUGGACCAGGGGGAGGGUGUCCUGAUUAUUUUCGAUGAACCCCCAGUAGAUAAAACUUAUGAAGCUGCUCUGGAAACAAUUCAGAACAUGAGUAAAGUAGUGGAUUCCCUCUACAACAAAGCCAAGAAACUGACCUAGAAUUGGAUCUGUAGCGGUCCUUUGGAGAGUGUGUGUGGCGGGAGAGUGAAACCUUUGGGGGAAAAUGCUAGGAGAUUUUUUUUCUUUUUGUUCUACUUUUUGCUGGGAAAGUUUUUAAAUCCUCAUUUGGUGCAUCUGUAUUCCAGUCAAUAGGUGUACCAGUUUUCAUGUAAUCUUUACUGGCCCAAUUUGGGAGUGGGGAAAUUGCUUAAAAAAAAAAAAAAAAAAAAAAAGAAAGAAAAAGAAAAAAAAAGGUUAUUCAAAAUAAAAGGAAAAGGCUUACACUA